UCGCGAGGCUGUUACGUGGGGAGGUGGGAGUCACAUUAGAAAUCCUGCAAGGCGGAAUAAAGCAACCCAAGGGAAUAGCCCACCCUCCCUUAGCCCUGCUGGAACGAAACCCACCGACCAAGAAUAGAAGGAAACCCCCCCUCCCCCAGUUUGAACCGGCGCUCCUCCGCAGCCCUGGCCCGGAGCCACUCGGGCAAAGCCGGGCGCUGUCCAGCCCAUCAGCUGGGUGAGAGUAAAAGAUGGGGAGGGGGUCUCCUCACCGCGGUGGCCGCUGGGACUCGUAGUUCCCCACUCUGGGAGGGUUGCAGAGCACCCGCCCCCGAGGAACUACGGCUCCCAGCCGGGCCUUGCGCGCGAUCCACCGAAUCUGGUGAGCUCUCGGAGCAUCCCGGCCGGGCGCAGCGCGGAGUUCCCCCAUCAUCCACUCCCGGGGAGGGUGGGGGGAAUGCAGGAUGAACCCGGUGUCCGGAUGGCUGUGGACGGCGGAGACACCCGACGCAGGCGAGGCUGCGCGCAGGGUGCAGGCACAGAAUGAGGCCCUUCGAGCAGCAGGCACAGCCGGCGCGGCUCCAGACCGGGUGACCUUUGAGGACGUGGUGGUGGGCUUCUCGCUGGAGGAGUGGUCUCUGUUGGAAGGCAGUCAGAAGGAGCUCCACCAGGAAGUGAUGCUGGAGACCUGCUCUUUGCUUCUUUCGCUUGGUCACUCAGUCCCCACCCUGGAUUUCUCCUCCUUGACCUGCCAGCCGGACGGGACCGCUGAAACCCCCCAGCCCAGCUGGAGAAGACGGCUGCCUUUGGUGGCGGGAGGCGACAAAACCCAUCGUGAAGAGCCCCCUUUUCCAGAGGGCAUGGAAGGACCCUUCAACCCGAAGCAGGAUAAGGCUGAGGAGCGCCUGGCUGUAGCGAGCGACGAGGAGGGUAAGGAUCAAAGCAGCCACCACCUCUGUGCACUCAUGAAGCUGGUCAACGAAAUCCCAGAGUUCCUUUGCGGACACGCGCACGCGAGCCUGGAUCGAUCCACGCCUGCUGGGGGCAGCGAAAGCAGAGGGCACGCUGGUCCCAUUGUCCAGCUGAAGAGUUUCCCACACUUCACUGACUCAGUUUCCCUGAGCGUCUCCAGCCCAGGGGGGACCCCCGGCAGCAGCCCAGAGGGAGAAUGGUCGGAGCCCACCACCCAAGGCACAUUUGCCCCCUGUGAUGCUCAAGGAUGGAAGGGAACAGAGGUAGCGACCGUCGCAGAGCCGUCAACCAAGGAGAACCUGACCAAAGGGCAACCGAAGUCUGAAGAAGGACUUCGGCGUCUUCGUCUCUCAACGGAGCAGAAGGACACCCCAGCAAUAGAGCCGAGGCUGGAUACCGACGAUUCCGGCUGUCUGGACCAACCCCAUUCCUGGGGGGAUGGAGGGCCAGAGCAACCCACAUCACCAGGCCCUUUGCAAAGCAUCUCUGAGGCUGACGGCCCAUCCGAGGACAGAAAGACGAUGUCCGAGGUCAUUGCUGAGAAGGAACUUCCGAAAAGUUCUCGCAAGGCAUUUCCAAAGUUGGGGCCAGAAGCAGUGUCCGAAGAGAAACCCCCACUUCAGGGGUUGCUGAAGUGCCUGAAGGAUCUGGUUACCCUGCAGUCCGGCCGUGGUCUCCAAACUCCCCUCAAGGCUUCCUUAGGGAGGCAGUCACGGACCCCCAGAUUUGGGCGAUGGGGAGGCAGGAGUGACUCGUUAUCCAUCCAAGUUAAGACGGAAGCUUCCGGAGAAGAGCUGGGGGUCUGCAACCCCAAAGAAGGACCUGGGUCUUCUGUGGCAACCAGGGGGGACCCCUCCAUCCCCCAGCCUGAAGGAAGCAGGAGAGUAAAUUCCCCAGGUGGAAAAGAGGAAGACAACUUCCCAGCAGUCAAAAUGGAGCAGGAGACCAGCAGCUUCUCACAUCAGGACCUCCAAGGAGAUCUUGCAUUGGUGAUUGUCCGUGAAAAUGGAAGCCCAGAGAAAGCCCAAGAGCGAUCCGGCAUCUCGGCUGUUCGCGUUAAAUCUGAGGAAGAGCACCCCCUACGAGGCCACGAGGACGUCUUGGAAGAGAAGAGCUACCACCACUUCAGCCAUCCAAGGGGCAGCUUGUCACCCGGGUCCAAGCUGGGACUGUGGGUCCCGUAUUCGGCUGAGUGGAGCCCGGCCACCAGUCCUCUCCAUGGCUUGCUCAACUGCCUGAAGGACAUCCCUGUGCCGAGACCGCCACCCCCCCAAAUCUUGCCGGGGAAACGAGGAGCAACUGGGGAGAAGGAGAGACGAAGAGGAGGAAGACAAGGACGCUUUGGCCCUCCAUCCGAUACUUGUCCUCCCCAAGGAUCAGAAGCCGGUCUCAUGGAAAAGGCAGUUCAGCAGUCCUUCCUGCCCCAGGGAUAUGUCAAAGGGCCCCACGAGAGACAGCUGGCAGGGCGGAAAGUGGAGACGGCAAUGGGGCAGGAAGAUCUUGGAAUCAUAAAGGAGCAUCCUCCGAGCACCCACAUCCAGCCCGCGUCCCCUGUUGUCAAUUCAUCAGUCAGCAGCUCCCCAGAUUGUCUUCCCUGGUGGACUCCAGAACCUGCCAGAUGGAGGAGGAAGGAAGAUGAGCUCAGCCAAGCCCAGAGUCCUUUGCAAAGCCUCAGGAAGGGGUUCAAGGAGACCCCAUUGAGUUCCCCCAACCAGGCUUCUUCGCCGGCCAUCAGCAGCUCCCCGAAUGGUUUCCAAAGAUGGACAUCGGGGCCAACGCAGCGGGCAAGGACAGAGGAAGGACUCGGUCAAAGCAGCAACCCCUUGCAAGGCCUGGAGAAAUGCUUGAAGGACAUCCAGAACCAGCGAUGGUCCCCGGCCGUCACUUCCUCCAUCCACAGCUCGCCGGACAGACUCCGCCAGUGGACACCAGAGCCAGUGCCGUGGGCCAGAAGGGAGGGAGGAGGAAGCCCCCUCAGGGUCCCACCGCUUCAGGGCCUGGAAAAUUGCCUGAAAGAGAUUGCCCCGAACAGAGACUUCCUCGUGGCCUCCAGCCCUGCAGGGCGUAGCAUCUGCACUCCGAAGCGGCCAGGAACGGAGGAGGCUCACUCACCAAGGCCGUGGUCUGCAGGGAGCCUUCCUCCACCAUGCGCCUCUGCUUCGGAAGUGGCUGCUGAAAAUUCUCCCCUCCACCGGUUGAUGAACUGCCUGAAGGAAAUCCCGAUACAACGCCCAAGUUAUCUCAACCCGCCGAGCGCGUUCUCCUCUUCCUCCUCCUCCUCCUCCUCCUCUUCUUCCUCCUCCUCCAGCUGCAGUGAAACCGAAAGGGACCAGCAGAGCCCAGGAAGUUCAACCUGGUGGGACGGGGGCCAAGGUCGGCAUCAGCUGCCAGGAUCCGAGAGGGAUGUUCUUGUAGGGCCGAAGGUGAUGAUGAAGGCCAAGAGGAAGCGUCCAUCCGCUCAACUUCCUGCAGAAGAGGAAGAGCAGUUACCCUACAUGCAAGAGGCCAACUUUGCCGACCGGGGUGAUGAAGCAUCUUCUGCCUCUCUCCGUGGCAACCCAGAGAAGGACACAAAGGACACUGCAGAUGUCAAGCGGAUGUUUCCCUCCAUCCACCCUCUACGACACUCCAGAGCUCCGCAAGACUUGACAUCCAGAGCAUCCGAAGGAAGGGAAGAUGGGCCACCUUCCGCACUUCUUGCCAACAAGAUCUUCACCUGUGAGCGGCAGAAGAGCCCGAGAGACACAGCACCAGACCAGACCCCAACAUGUUCCAGCCCCCUAAGCCACAAUUCCCGGGAUGGGACACCUGAAGGAGACAUAGGCUGGAGUCCGGGAGAAGACCAGGUCCAGCGACAGCCUGGAGACAAAGAGGGGGGGACCAGAAGUAGCCCUCUCCAGGGUCUGCUCAGGUGCCUCAAGGAGAUCACCUACCCAAGCACCCCCAGUCCUUGCCCCUCCUCGGCCAGGAAGAGGCCCAGAGAAUCCAGGCACACCCAGGAGGAAGAGGAGGAGGAGGAGGAGGAGGAGGAAGAAGAAGAGGAAGCAGCCCAUUGCAAGAAGAAAUCCUGGCAAGGUGCUGUGGCCUCCAGCUCCCCCAUCUCUGACAUGGAAACACGGGGGACCCAGCAGAAUGGCCAUUCCUGUUCUCUGAACACCAGGACCUCUGCACAUAUGCAGAGUGACCCUCCCAGGUGGAGUCCCUCGGUUUCGUUUCGGAUGGGCGCCAGAAGAGCUUCUGCGACGGCCAGAGACAAGGGGAGUCCCCCGGCUCCAAAUUCAGGACCAGAGGCAAAGAAGAGGCAUCCCGAAGUGGCCCGGCUCUGUCACUGCACCCACGAGGCUGAGUUGGGGGUCGCACAGCCCCUCCUCUCUAAACAGCUGGGCCGCCUGGCUGCCGAUGUGAGCAGCCUCUGCCGGGACCUGUCUGGCCUUCAGAGCCAUGUCUGGCGGCUGGAGCAGGAGGCACGGGGCUGGGCGCUGGAGCUGGCCGCGCUGCACCUGGAAAACCGACGCCUGGCAAAGUAUGCCCGGCGCCUGGAGAGCCGCUGCCGGGUUCUAGAGACCCGCUCCCGCCGUCUGAACCUGCGCCUCUUGGGUUUGCCCGAGGGGGUUGAAGGAGGCGACCCGGUAUCCUUCCUCCGACGGACCCUGCCAGAGGUAUUGGGCUGGCCGCCAGGAGUGCCGGCGUUGGAGAUCGAGAGUGCCCGGAGAGUCCAUGGCCAGGAUUCGACCGCCAAGCCACGCCCGCUGCUCUUUCGCCUGCUACGCUCGGCCGACAAAGCCGCUGUGCUCGAGGCGGCUCGUGCCCGACCACUGCGUUUCGCUGAGGCACAACUCGCCAUCCUAUCUGACCUCGGCACCCCGCGAAGGAGACCCCUGCCUGGCCCGUUCCGGAGGAACCGUUGGGUGGUCGAUCUGCUUUUUGGGGGGCAGUCUCCUUCCCCGUGGGGCUUGGGCAGGGGUCCGGCAUGGCGGGAGCGCCCUGUCCCUUGUGCAUCCCUGGCAGCCAAAGCUGCUCCGGGGACGCUGGGGUCUCAUGAGCAACAUAACCCAUGAGGCACUGCUGAGGGAGGGUCCCAGUGGUGGGAUUCAGCUGGUUUGGGCCGUUUCGGACGAACUGGUUGUUAAAAUUCUGUGCUGGCCCUGCCCCGCCCAACCCCGCCCCGCCCAGUCACUCCUCACCUUGCCUGCUUGCUCGGCAUAGCUGCUACUGCUCUCUGUCUGGCUCCCUCGCUUGCCUUGACCACAUGGUCUCUGAGGGCCAGCCCGCUUGCCUCCCUUCGGCUGCAUCCUACAUGGCGCUCUCUGCAUGGCCCAGCUGAGCUGCCCUGAUCUGCCAGGCAGCCUGGAUGAGUCUACAAGCAGCAAGGCCCAAAUCCCGGCUUAGCUGCCUCCCACGUCACCCAGCCACCUUGCCUGCCUUCCGCAUGGCUGAAUCCCAUGCAGCGCUCUCCGCACGGCCCAGCUGACCUGCCCUGAUCUGCCGGGGUAAGUGACUGCAAGCAGCAAGGCCCUAAUCCCGGCCUAGCUGCCUCUCAUGUCACACAGCCAGCUUGCCUGCCUUCCCCGCUGCCAUCCCUGUGGUCUCCGAGGCCUAGCACGCUUGCCUGCCGCUGCCGCCUCAUUGCCUGCCUGAUGGAAAGCAACGGAUGCUGCAGAGACAGAUUUCCUACAUACCAUUCUGAGCCCCUUCUCUCCCCCUCCCACCCCGCCAUUGGGCUGACAAAAUAAGUGCCCAUCUAAAGAUCACGAAGAAUUAGAGCCACGGGGAGGAAAGGCGCACUGAUCUCUGUCUCCCUCUAGGACCGGUCUUGGAAAAGCCUACCCUCACAAUCGGACUCCCUUUCUCGCACGAGCGCUUUCUCCCAGCACUCGUACGAGAACCCAAAGUUUUUAAGACUUAGAGCCACACUGAGGCCACUGACGGGCUUGUUAAGGCAUGCAAUAUACUGCCACUAAGCUCCAGGGUUCCUCGCGUGAGCGCUGAAAGAAAGGGAGUCCAAUUGUGAGGGCAGGCUUUUCCAAGGCCGGUCUGGAAGGCAGUGGUAGCACACACAGAUGCCUUUUCUCUUGCUGUGUGAUCUUUGAGGCAGUUCCCUAAACGUAAUGGUGCUGUGGCGGCAAGGGGUGUGGAUGGCGCGGGUGGGGUACCGAAUACCAAAGUGUGCAAGAGCGAAGUGCGACUUGCCUUUGCGCUGCCCAUUUCUGGGGGGGGGGGCUUCAUCACGGUAUAUUAGUGCCAGCUGGUGGCACCCAAGGUAUGGUCCGGGCCCAUUGACAACGACAGAGAAGCAGGUGCAGAGUGGGCCGCCGGUUUGCCCACUCACUGGCCAGGCUGGCCUGAAAGUGUGUUCCCCGUUGUGAGCAGCAGGAUCUGAGGCAGAGGGGAGGGCGAAUGGGUGGCAGCCACCUGGAGGGCCAGCAGAAGCUGAGAGCUGGGCUGCCCAUACCUUUGAUGGCGACCUGCGCCCGGAGCAUCCUCUUGGCCUAGGAUGAAGUAAAAAGGCCCCAAUCUUUCCACAGGGGAAGGGAAGGUUUUAUCAGCACAGGAGCAUCGCUCGGGCACGUCCCUCACCGCCCGUCUCUGCCAGUUCGUGGCAGAGCAACUUCUCCCUCACUGAGCGUUAGCCAAGGGGAAGCAGCAAAAUCAGUUUUUAUUCCUUUGCUAAAGCUGCCAUUCCCUUUUUCACAUGGGAUUGCCUAGCAGCCGGGCGGGAGAGGGAGAAGGAGGCAGCAUUCCAGUGUGCUGCUGUUCCUGCUAGCUCCAUAGACAAUGCUAGCGGUCGCCGCUACCCACUUCUCCCUCUCCCUCCCCGCUGCUGGGCGAAGAGUUGGCCAUGCCCCACCCAGUCACAUGACCACCUAGCCACGCUCACCUAGCCACGCCCACAGAACCUGUUGUUAAAUGAUUUGAAUCCCACCACUGGAGGGUCCCAAAAAGCGACUUUCCAUUCUCCCACCGGGGAGGGGUGGGUGCACUAAGUGAACCCUCUGGCUGCUCUUCCAUAGCUUCUUUGCAAGGGAGGGGAGGGGGUUUAACAAUUGGGUGGGGGGCAGUUGCGUCCUGUCCCGCUCCCCUCCGCCGCUGUGUAGGAGAUCCUACAAGAUAUUGGCAGAAUUGGGGCCAGGGCAGGGGUGAAAUUCAGCCGGUUCUAUCCGGCUCAGGCAAACCGGUAGCAGUGGCUGCGGGAGGCUUCUCCCACUUGCGCGGAUGUCAUGAUGUCGCUUUUUUGCGAUGAUUUUAAGACUCUGCACAUGUGCAGAAGGUUUUGCCUAUGUGCGCCACUGCCGCACACGAGCAAAUUUGCAAACCGGUAGGGAAGGUAAGUGAAUUUCACCCCUGGGCCAGGGUCUCCAAACUCUCCCCCAUGUCCGUUCCCACCCCUCAAAGACUCUUUCUGAGUGAGCAGAUCUAGGGUGCAGGAGAAAGAGGGUCAAAAUACCCCAUUAAACAGGUGUUUCUCAAGCUCGGCUACUUUACGCGGGGUGGGUUUCAACUCCCAGAAUCCCCCAGCCAGCAAGGGGAGUUAAAGCCCAGCCCUCUUAAAACACACUGGCUGCGGGAUUCUGGGAGUUGAAGUUCUCUCUUAUAAAAGCACGCUGACUGGGAAUUCUAGGAGUUGGAGUCCGCCCCCUUAAAGCGCGGUGGCUGGGGGAUUCUGGGAGUUGAAGUGCACCAAUCUUAAAGUGGCCAAGAUUGAAAACCAUUGUCUGACCCAAAAUAUAAGUGUGGAACCUCCAUAGUCACAAUUCGUGACAAUGAAUGGGAGGCAGCCUUUGGGGAGAAUCAUUUUAGCAUCCUGGCGGAGAUGUUUCAGGUUAAAUUCAUGCCCUGAGCAGAAAGGGUUGGACUAGAUGGCCUCAGGGAAGCCUUGGAAUGCUAGCAUUGUACGAGUCGAAACUCUUUUAGGUUGGCUGGCAUUGGCUGGCCUGGGAGAAUUCAGGGUUGAAGGAUAUUCCUGGUUUGGUUCUGAAUAUUUUAACCUAUUUUGCUUUCAGCUUCUAGCUGUGAGGCUAAGUUGAGCUUUUUGAAAUCGGGCGGGUCAGAAGUCUCAAAAGAAAAGGAAAUGGGAGAAGGGACUGCUGGUUGCCAAGCUAAUUUGCUCUAGGAGUGAAGAGCUUGGCCUAGAAACCAGGAGGCUGGGAGUUCUAGUUCUUUCAAAGACAGGAAAGCCAGUUGGGUGACGUUUAGGCCAAUCACCAGGAGACGGCGAGUUCUAGUCCUGACACAGACAUGAAAUCCUUCUUGGUGACUUUUAGGCCAAUCACCAGGCGAUGGUGAGUUCUAGUCCCGCUUUAACCACCAAAGCUAGCUGGGUGUCUUUGAACCAACCACCAGGAGAUUGUGGAGUUCUAGUUUCACUUGAGGCAUGAAAGCCGGCUGGUCACUUUGGACCAAUCAUCAGGUGGCAGUGAGUUGAGUCCUACCCCAGGCCCACAAGCCAGUUUGGGGGGGGGGUAACAUUGACCACUUCCUCUCUCUCAGCCUGACCCACCUCACAGGGUUGUUGUUGUGAGGGAAAUAGGAGGAAGAAGAAAUGUUAUGUAUAUCCGCCACCUUUGAGUUCCUUGUAAAGUAUUAAAGUUGGGAUUAAAUAUAUAUAUAUAUAUAAAUAUCUAAUAAAUUAUCUAAGAAAUAAAAGAAUGUGUUUUGCAAGAUGGUUUGGGCACAAUCUUGGGGCUACCAUUUGCCCCGAAGACUCCACCGCACCGCGUCCACUUUUCCUGGAUAGACAUCUAUCCAGACAGAUACAAUCAAGUUGCUAGUCCUCAGUACGUCCCAGUGAUGUUGUUGUUGUUAGUUGCGAAGUCGUGUCUGACCUAUCGUGACCCCAUGGACAAUGUUCCUCCAGGCCUUUCUGUCCUCUACCAUCCCUCAUUCACCUCAUUCUCUGCCGUCCCCUCCUUCUUUUGCCCUCCAUCGUUCCCAGCAUUGGGCUCUUCUCCAGGGAGUCCUUCCUUCUCAUUAGGUGGCCAAAGGGUUUGAGUUUCCUCUUCAGGAUCUGGCUUUCUAAAGAUCAGUCAGGGUUGAUUUCCUCUGGGACUGACCGGUUGGAUGGCCUUGCAGUCCAAGGGACUCGCAGGAGUCUUCUCCAGCACCAGAGUUCAAGUUCCUCAGUUCUUUGGCGCUCGGCCUUCCUUAUGGUCCAACUUUCACAGCCAUCCAUUGCAACUGGGAAAACCAUCGCCUUGACUAUACGCUCUUUUGUUGGCAGGGUGAUGUCUCUGCUUUUUAGUAGGCUGUCUAGAUUUGCCAUAGCUUUCCUCCCCAGGAGCAAGCAUCUUUUAAUUUCUUGGCUGCAGUCCCCAUCUGUGAUGAUCUUGGAGCCCAGGAAAAUAAAAUCUGUCACUACCUCCAUUUCUUCCCCAUCUACUUGCCAGGAAAUUGAGAGGGCCGGAUGCCAUGAUCUUAGUUUUCUUAAUGUUGAGUUUCAAGCCAACUUUUGCACUCUCUUCCUUCACCCGCAUCAAGAGGCUCUUUAGUUCCUCUUCGCUUUCUGCCAUUAGAGUGGUAAUUAACCAAUCACGUUCGACCUGCUGUCGAAUUCUUCCUUCGAAUGGAUGGAUGCCUUGAGGGUUCCCGAAGAUAUAAGUACCGGGGGUGGGGUGGGGUUUAAUUUUUCAUUUUAUUUUCCUAAAAUAGAGCAUCCCAACCCUAAUUUUUUUUUGGGGGGGGAAUGGACUUUGGUGUGAUUCUUGGCAGCUUUGGACAGGCAGAAGUUCAACAGGGAAAACCCCUUUGGGGUGACCGUAGGACCCUGGAAUAACCAAUGCGCUAAUUUGUUUUAAAGAAACUCUGGUAGGAAAACAUCACCCAUCAUCCACAGCAGAGACAUGGGAAGGCGGACUUACUGGAAAUGAGCCAGGGGAUUCCCAAGACCCCCUCCCGUAUCAAUUGUUCCUUGAAAGCCCACUCCCCAAAUGGAAGAAACACAGAAAACCGACGGCAAAAGACUCUAAUGGUCCAUCAUUUUGAUUCAUUGUUUUCUUUUUUAGUUUAUUUAAUUAUUAUUUAUAUUUUUUCCCCUAUUUCUUGGAUGAUUGACGUUUGUUUAUCCUGAGCGGGUUUUAAACUCAGGGAGGAUUGAGCCACGACGUGCUGGAAUUUCCGCCGUUCCGUCAGCGAAUUUGUCAAUGUAUGAGAAUUCAUGAAUUGGAAUAGACAUGGUAACAGGUCAGCCAAUGGGGACUGUUUGGUGACCCAGAUGGCUCGGAGCCUGGGCGUGGCUUAGCUUGACUGAUUUGUAUAUAAGAGUUGCUUUGUCUUUGAGAUAUAACCUCUAUAUAUAUAGCUUCUGUGUUUCUGUCUUCUGAGUUCUGCUUUCUGCUGCAUGGGUAUUGUAUUGCAUCAUGCUUUAUAUUAUUGUAUAUACAGAAGUUUCUCAUAUAAAUGAAUACUGCUGAAUUAUUUACUUGUGUGCUGGUUGGAGUGCGGCAAACUCUUAACAGGUUAUAGGCCCAGAGCACACCAAGCACACACUAAGACUGAACUGUAAUUAAGCUGAAGGACAACCUGCAUUAUAAGUAAAAGAGAACAAAACUGAGAAGGCUUGCAAGAUAGCUGUUGAUUUCAUGGAGAAUUCUCUGCCUCGAAUUGGACAGAAGAAUUAUAUUAUUUGGGCUGCAAAAAUAGAAUGCUUCAUGAGGGCUGAGGAGCUCUGGGAUAUUGUUGUUAAUCCAUCCCAGAGGCCAUUACCAACAGCAGAUCAAAGGCAGCAUGAUAAGGCACUGGCCUACAUCAUCUUAAGUUUAGAAGAUGAACAAUUCCUGAAUGUAGCUAAUUUAAAGACUGCAAAGGAGGUCUGGCUGAAAUUAAGCAGUGCGUAUGUAAGUGCAUCAGCAUGCAAUAUUGUGCAAUUAUCGAGACAAUUGUACAGAGCCCGGCUAGAGCCACAUGAGACUGUGGAGAAGCAUUUGGUGAAAAUGCAAACUUUAUUUAUUGAGUUGGAACAGUGUGACAUGCAGAUUCCUGUAUCUCAGAAGGUGCUGUUGGUGUAAAUAGUCUUGAUGAAACAUGGGACAUUGUUUCAGUUGUUUUUGAGUGCAAACCAGAAUAGGACUUAUGAAUGGAAGCCCUUAAAGAACAAACGCCAUUUUAGAAAAAGCCACGAGGAGGUAUUCCUGAAGUGGGGGCCCAAGGAGCAGAGAAAGAAAAGCAACAGACAGGAUGUCUGCAAAGACCAGAGUAUCAGAAGAGAUCGGAUUACAUCCAGCAAAGAUUUUCUACAAAGACAGAACAGCAACAGCAAAGGCGAUGCUUCAUCUGUAAUGAUAAGACUCAUUUAAAGAAAGACUGUUUGCAAAGAAAAACAACAACAGAUGGACAAGUUGCUAUUGCAAAAGUUAGCUAUUGUAAUAGCAGAGACAAAUGGUUAAUAGACAGUGGGGCUACUGAAACAAUUGUUAAUAAUUCUAAAUUGCUUUUCAGAAUGGAUCCAGCUGGAGGAGAUGCAGUAGCCUUAGCAAAUGUCCAGAAGGCUAAAGUCACUGGAAAAGUCAAUGUGGUGAUUCCAUGUCUGAAAGAAACAUUUAGCAACAUAUUGUGGAAUAUAUUGUGUGUGCUUGAAAUGGACCAUAAUUUACUGAGUGUCUCCAGUCUAGACCAAAAAGGGUUUGAGACCACAUUUGCAAAUGGGAGGUGUCUCAUAAAGAGAAAUGGGAAUCUAUGUGCAUAGGGCAUAAAACAGGAUAAUCUUUAUGUGUGUUGCAGGGACAAAAGGUUCAAUGUGCCCAAACAUUUGGAAAUGUGGCACAACAUGAUUCAUGUGUUCAUCUCUUGCACAGAAAGCUUGACCAUGCCAACUUCAGAGUUUUGCAAAAGAUGCAACAGUUUGGAGAAGGGUUAAAUUUAAAAGGGUGUAAGGCGUACUUGGACUGUGCAGUAUGUAAAUCAUCAAAGUCCAAGGCAUUCCCUGUAAGCAGGAGUAGCACAAGGCAGACCAACAACAGCUCUAGAGCUGGUACAUGCAGAUUUGGUUGGGCCAAUGCAAACCGGUUUGGGAGGAGCAAAGUAUGCUCUGAUCAUUGUAGAUGACUAAAGCGGGUUUGGGUUCUGCUAUUUACUAAAGAGUAAAAUAGAGGUGCUAGAGAAAUUUAAGCAAUGGGUAAGCUUCGUAGAUAUAAACAGCAGGUAUAUCAGCUGCAAGUUCAGAAUUAAUGUCAGCAAGUUUUCAGCAGUGGUUGGGACAGUUAGGUAUAAAACACAGAUGCACAAAUCCGUACACAGCAGCUGAGAAUGGCGUGGUUGAGAGACAGAAUGGUAUCUUACAAACCAUGAAGGAAUCACUGCUGGAGGAUUCUGGUCUGAGCAGGUCAUGGUGAAGCCAUGUUGACAGCUAAUUAUUUAACCAAUAGGCUGUGGAGUUCCUCUAUUAAUGAUACUCCACAUGCAGUGCUAUAUGGGAGAAAGUCAUCUCUGGCACAUUUAAGGGUUUUUGGAAGCAAUGCAUGAGUGCAUAUUCCACAGGCAAUUAGGAGAAAGGGACAACCAAAGGCUGGAAAGCUCAGGUUUACGGGCUAUGAGCCUGGCUCAAAGAGCUAUUGUUUUAGCGAUGGGAGCAAAAGAAUAGUGAUUUCCAGGUCUGCUAGCUUUGCAGAGCAAAAUUGGAACAGAAUUGAUGCCAAUCUUUGGAAUGAUUCACUAAGUGAUGGUGACCCACUUAGUGAUUGUAACUCACUUAGUGAUGGUGUCAGCGUUCAGGGAGGAGAAACUGAAAAAGAGCAGGAAAAGGAGUUGAUGAUGACUCGGAUAUGAAGCAAGAGAGGGUUGAAACACAAAACGCAGUCAAUGCCACGCAGGUCAGAGCGAUGGAACAUGGAAAUUCCACCUGACAGAUAUUCUGUGCUGGUAAAGUUAAAGUGUGUAGUGUAUGGUAUGAGCCAAGAAACUAUAAGGAAGUAUUGGCAUUACCUAAAAUUGAACAAAUAAAGUGUAAAGAAGCCAUGGACAAAGAAAUGAAAUCCAUGGAUGAACAUAAAGGGUGGCACAGGGUGGCAAAGUUGUAGGAUGCAAGUGGGUAUACAAGAAGAAAGUACUGUCCAAUAAUGAGGUACAAUAUAAAGCAGGGUUAGUGGCACAAGAUUUUUCACAGAUGAAAAAUGUGCAGUAUGAUGACACCAACUGAAAAGAGUAUAAGCAUCAGGAUGGCACUAGCAUGGGCAGUGGCACCUGGCCAUAAAAUUUGGCAUUUUGACAUAACCACAGCAUUCCUCAAUGCAAAUUAGAGGAAGAAAUUUACAUGAUUCAAGCCCCAGGGUAGAAAAGUAAAAGGCCUAACACGGUGUCUAAAUUGAAGAAGGCCAUUUAUGGGCUGAAACAGUCGGCCAGGAAGUGGAAUAUCUGUUUAGAUACAGCAUUGAAGGGUCCUGGGUUCAAGAAUUGCAAGAUUGCUGGUUGCAUAUAUACUGAAAAGCUACAAGGUGGGGAUUGUCAAUUAUUAGCAUUUGUGGAUGAUCUCUGUUUCAUUGCAAAAGAUUUGUCACAGGUAAAAGAAUUUGCUAAUCAAUUAGAGAAAAAAAUUGAAUUAAAAGAUUUGGGAGAAAUAAAAAAACUAUCUUGGUGUAGAAAUACAAAAAAACUGAGAAAGGUGGUUUUGUUCUCAGUCAAAGAAGGAAAACUGAACAGUUGUUGGAAAAUUAUAACAUGAAAGAUUGUAAUUUUGCUCCAACACCUAUGAGCAUAGAUUUUCAUAACUAUUUGGGUGAGGACAAAAGUGAAGCCUGUGAUCAAGAGAUAUAUCAGUCAGCAAUAGGGAGCCUGUUAUAUUUGUCACAGUGGUCCAGACCAGACAUAACUUGUGCAGUAAGCAUCUUAAAUCUGUUUACUGCUGCACCAACGCAAGUGCAUCAGAUGGCUGUAAAAAGGAUUCUUGGGUAUUUGAAGGGAACUCUGAAUUUGGGUCUUCAAAUACAGGAUUCUGGAGAAUUGAAAUUGAAAUGUUAUGUUGACAGUGAUUAUGCCAAUGAUGUAAAAACCAGAAGGUCCAAUUCUGGGAUUGUGGUAUCGUUUGGAGGGGCUUAAAUAGGUUGGAAGUCCAGAAAACAAACAACGGUAGCCAUUUCUAUGGCGGAGGCAGAAUUUAUUGUUCUGUCUGAACUCUGUUCAGAGGUAACCCGGUACGUACAGCUGUUAAGGGAUUUAAAUGUAAAAGUAAAUGAAGCUGUAACGGUGUUUGAGGAUAAUGCUGCUUGCAUUAAAAUGGUAACAGGUGACAGAGUAAAGCAUGUGGAUAUUAAAUAUUGUAAUGUACAAGAAGCCAUCAAAUGUAAACUAAUUAGCUUGCUUCACUGUUCUUCAGAGGACAAUUUGGCAGAUAUAAUGACCAAGCCAUUGAAGUCCAUUGCACCAUGGGAAGAAUAUUAAGUUAUUCGGUUUUAUGUCUAUUCCAGUCAUGAAGGGAGGAGUGUCAGUGUAUGAGAGUUCAUGAAUUGGAAUAGACAUGGUGACAGGUUAGCCAAUGGGGACUGGUGACGCAGAUGGCUUGGAGCCUGGCGUGGCUUAGCUUGACUGAUUUGUAUAUAAGAGUUGCUUUGUCCUUCCAAUAUAGCCUCUGCAUUAUAUAGUGUCUGUGAUUAUAUUGAUUCUGUGCUUCUGGAUUCCGUGGUUCUGGCUUCUGCUGCAUGAGUAUUGUAUACAUGCAUCAUGCUUUAUAUUAUUGUACAUAAAGAAGUUUCUUAUAUAAA